AGCCCAGGGAACGGCCGGCGCGCGGGCCGGUGGGCGGAGGCCGACACUCCGCCGCAAUACUCCGCUGGUCGCCGGCAGCCCGCCCCGCCAUGCACCUGCCCCUCGCAGCCUCAUUCGGGCUGCUAUUGCUGUUGUUGCUCCUGCCUCCUCCCUCAGCCGUAGCUUCCCAGAAGCCGACAAUGUGCCAGAGGUGCCGGACGCUGGUGACUAAGUUCAAGCAGGGGAUGGCCAAUACAGCCAGGAAGAAUUUCGGCGGCGGCAACACAGCGUGGGAGGAGAAGUCUCUUUCCAAGUACGAAUUCAGUGAGAUCCGGCUUUUGGAGAUCAUGGAGGGCCUGUGUGACAGCAGUGACUUUGAGUGCAACCAGCUCUUGGAACAGCAAGAGGAGCAGCUUGAGGCCUGGUGGAUGACACUGAAGAAGGACUACCCUAACCUAUUUGAGUGGUUCUGUGUACACACACUGAAAGCGUGCUGUCUUCCGGGCACCUAUGGGCCAGACUGUCAUGCAUGCCAGGGUGGGUCUGAGAGACCUUGCAGCGGGAAUGGCUACUGCAGUGGAGAUGGCAGCAGAGAGGGCGACGGGUCCUGCCAGUGUCACGCAGGAUACAAGGGGCCACUGUGCCUCGACUGCAUGGACGGCUAUUUCAGCUUGCUGAAGAAUGAGACCCACAGCAUCUGCUCAACCUGUGAUGAGUCUUGCAAGACAUGCUCAGGUCCAACCAACAAAGACUGUGUCAAGUGUGAAGUGGGCUGGGAACGUGUGGAGGACGCCUGUGUUGAUGUGGAUGAGUGUGCCGCAGAGACACCUCCCUGUGGUGAUGCACAAUACUGUGAAAAUAGCAACGGCUCAUACACAUGUGAAGAAUGUGACUCUACCUGUGUGGGCUGUACAGGAAAAGGCCCAGCCAAUUGUAAAGGCUGUAUCGCUGGCUACACCAAGCAGAGUGGACAGUGUGAAGAUUUAGAUGAAUGCUCACUAGAAGAAAAACCAUGUAAGAGGAAAAAUGAAAACUGCUAUAAUGUUCCAGGGAGCUUUGUCUGCGUGUGCCCCGAUGGCUUUGAGGAGACAGAAGAUGCUUGUGUACAGAUAGUAGAAAGUGGUGAGUAGCAGAAGGCAAGGAGCAGUGUGG